UCCAUCGAAAAUAGAUCGGACACACGGUAGUGUUACACACGAAUCGUAAUUAUAGCACCGGACCGCGCGUACCGGACACCGCGCGCGCGCUGCCCGCGCCAGCGAACACAAGAUCCAAGAUGUCGAGAAUCUACGAGGAGUCAGAUCGCGAGUACGCGGCCAGCUGCAGCAACAUCACGCUCUGCUCCAACUCCAAGGGGUUCUUCUACAACUGGGGCGAGGAGCUGGUGACCCUGGCCGAGGCAGAUGGAUGGCUGCGCAACUUCGAAAGCGUCGACGAUGGCAAGAAAGUACAAGCGGUCUUGGAUAAUGAGACGGUGAUGGAGGCUUUAACCGAGGUGCUCUCGAGGGUGCAGCCUCUGUACCGCGGCAAGGACGCGCUGGUGUCCCGCGAGCGGCGCCUGGCCGCGCAGCAGGCGCUCGCACAAGGAGACCUGGACAAAGCCCUAGCGCUCGCCAGCCAAGCCGUGUUGCGAGCACCAAUGACCGGUGGCGAUGACGCUAUCUGCGAAGGUGGUAUAUCCCUGGCCCUCGCGCUGUGGCUACGGUCCGAGGUCCUGCUGCGCCGCGACCGACCAGCAGCUGCCUUGGAAGACCUGAAACUUGCGCUCAAGGAACGACUCCCGGCCAAGAUGAGAGCUCAGUACUACUGGAGAAUGGGGCAUUGCUACAAAGGUGCUGGCGAGCCGACUAGAGCGAAGGUGUCCUACGAGCUGGCCGGCAGACUGCUGGGCACCGACGAGGCGGCGAAGAGCCAGCUCGAGCGAGACAUACAGGAGCUGGACUACAACGUGCAGCCGAGGAUACCCGAGCAGAAACCAGGGAUAUCGCUCACGGGUGGAGCCAAACAAAACAUGCCUUCGUUGUCUAAGCUUCUCAAAAUAGCUGAGGAGGAAAAUAAGGGCCGCUUCGCCGUGGCUAACGCUCCGGUCAGCGCGGGUGACGUGCUCCUGGUGGACGCGCCCUACGCCGCCUGCCUCCUCGCCGACUACUACGGCUCACAUUGCUUGCACUGUUUCAAAAGACUGGAGACCUGUGAGAGCGAGGCCCCGGUGUGGUGCCCCAAGUGCUCCGGCGUGGCGUUCUGCGGCAUCCAGUGCAGGGACGCGGCGGUGUCCACGUAUCAUGCCUACGAGUGUCCCUUUCUCGAUCUCUUCAUAGGUUCCGGUAUGUCAGUACUCAGUCACAUAGCGAUACGGAUGGUGACACAGGCAGGACUGGACGCCAGCUUACAACUGCACUCGAAAUACGUCGCGAACGGCAUCAAAACUGUAGAAGGAGCAGUCCUGAACGACAUCGAAGGGGUCACAAAGAAGUCAAAAAUAAAGAGCAGAAAAGAACGACUGAAUAGAUCUAAGAAAGGCAUCAAGAGCUUCACCGAAAAGAACUUCAAAGAGGAAGAAGAAGACGUGAAGGAGGAGAAAAUGAAUUUUGAAGAGAAAUUGGAACUGAAGGCGUCUCAAGUGUACUCGCUCUGCGCGCACUCGGAGCAGAGGAAAGGAGACGACUAUUUGAAGAGGAUAGUGAUGGCUAUGUUCCUGACAGAGUGCUUGAAGAAAGCGGGAUUCUUUAAGAACUGCGACCGGGAGAAUUUGAGUAACGCGCACCGUUCAAUCUGCGAGCUGAUAGUCCGCAACCUGCAGAUACUGCAGUUCAACGCGCACGAGAUAUACGAGACGGUGCGCGGAGCCCACAUGAUCAGUGGGUCCAAACCGGUGUACACCGCGGUCGGGAUCUACCCUGUCGGCGCUCUCUUCAACCACGAGUGCUAUCCUGCGGUUGCCAGAUACUUCGAGGGUCGCAACAUAGUGCUCCGCGCGACGCGGCCCCUGGCGCCGGGGGAGGCUGUCGCCGAGAACUACGGCCCCCACUUCAUGACGCGCCCGCUGCGCCAGCGCCAGCGCUCGCUCGCCUGCCGCUACUGGUUCCGCUGCGAGUGCCUGGCCUGCAGGGAGGACUUCCCAACCCUCAAACAGAUGACCGGUGACAGUCCGCCCUACAUCAGAUGCCCGAACAUCGCGUGCCCGUCGAAGUUCCGCGCGAACCUCCACAACCUACCCACGCGGUGCGGAAAGUGCUCACAACCCAUCGAGAGAGACCUCGUCAAGAUCAGUCUGGAGACCAUCAACCGGUGUGUCAAACAGUAUCAGGAAGGUGCCAAGUUAAUGGACGAUGAACGCCCCGAGGAAGCCAUAACCACGAUGUGCUCAGCCAUCGAUAUCUUCCACGAGGUGGCGCGCCCCCCUCACCGCGACACGCACCUCGCGCAGGAGGCGCUCCGCUCCUGCUACGCCGUCUCCGGCAACAUUCACACCGCGAAGGAACAGAACACAGAAACCACUGGGACCAACUUAAAACAGAUCGUUGAACAAUGAGGGAUGUGGAUGAGUUAAACUUAGUUACUAUUAUGCUAACACUGCUGCUCAAAAUGGAACAGUCUUGGCUACAGAAUCAAAUAUGUAGAUAAAAUUCUCGUGUCACGGUGUACGUAACUGAACUCCUCCAAAACGAUUCUCAUGAAAA